CAACUUCCCUCGAAACAACUGUCAAAAAAAUACUAGCACAAACUUCCAAAUCAACCGAACAAGAGAAGAAUCGAAAAAGCUGAACAAAAAUUUUCCUAAAAUGAUGACAAGCAGCGACGACAGCGAUCUCCUAAUGGAAGAGGAGGGCCAGCCUCUGACCAUCUGGCAGAAGAUCCUGUUCUUUAUGGUGGGCCUCACUUCUGCUCUGACUAUUUGCGUUUUGAUACGUCUCUCAAACAAGUUGACUACCGAUGCGGAGCACAAGGCUAUGAUGCACUUCAAGGAUAUCUCCGCUGGACAUAUUGGUCAUAGACACGGAUACUAGUACCCACAUAUUAUCUUUAUAUUUUUUUUUCUGUGUUUAUAUUUCGUUUUGGUUGUUUGCGAAUUGCUUAAAU